AGAUAAAUGUAAUUGGCUCCUGUGGAUGCGAGGAAUUUCCUUUUAGGCCCCCUAUUAACUUUUAACAGUUCCUUCCCUUCUACGGUUGCUUUCCAUGAUUCUAUACUCUCCCUUGUAGCUCCCUCGUUGUAUCUGUUUCUCCCCAGAUUGUGUUAAUUUACAGCAUCAAAUUCAUAAUAUUUAAGAUGCGAGAUUGAUGCUGUUCUCUCAUAAGCUUUUAUCGUUUGAUCUCCUGUUUACUUCUUCAAUGUGAACUAGUUCUUUGAGAGAAUUGUCUAAAUGGAUUCAAGUUCGAGUCAACCAGAGUUUGAUUACUUGUUCAAGUUGUUGAUGAUUGGGGAUUCUGGUGUUGGGAAGAGUAGUCUUCUUUUGAGUUUCACAUCUGAUACGUUUGACGAUCUCUCUCCCACUAUUGGUGUUGAUUUUAAAGUAAAAUAUGUCAAUAUUGGGGGCAAAAAGCUUAAACUUGCAAUUUGGGAUACAGCUGGUCAGGAACGAUUUAGAACACUGACGAGUUCGUACUACCGAGGUGCCCAAGGGAUCAUCAUGGUUUAUGAUGUAACACGACGAGAAACAUUCACUAAUCUUUCUGAUAUAUGGGCCAAGGAAAUUGACCUAUACUCAACAAAUCAAGAUUGCAUCAAGAUGCUUGUCGGAAACAAGGUUGACAAGGACAGUGAAAGAGUCGUAACGAAAAAGGAGGGCAUAAAUUUUGCCCGGGAAUAUGGAUGCCUUUUUCUUGAAUGUAGUGCUAAAACUCGGGUGAAUGUACAACAGUGUUUUGAAGAGCUUGUUUUAAAGAUUUUGGAUACUCCUAGCCUCUUAACCGAGGGUUCGAAGGGCUUGAGAAAGAACAUCUUUACAGAGAAGCCACCACAAUCCGAUGCGUCAACAAGUAGUUGCUGCUGAUGCUUUCUCUAUAUUGCAGUUUCAUAUCCUAACUGAAGAAACCAUAUUCUUUUUUGUUUUUCUGGUGACAUGAAAAUUACAUGUAAUAUAAAAAUCUUGUGAUGUCUUAAAAUAUUUGUUUUAUGCACAUUGAAUUUCAGUCGUGAUGACAAUUGAAGCCCAAAACUAAUCACUGUUAAGAAAUAAGAUGAAAUCGUUUUAACAUA